CGCGCAAAGCGAGCAGCGAGCGGCGAGCGGCGACCGGAGCGGCCCCUCGGGUCCUGCCCGCGGUCCGGCGCGCCUGUGCCCCGAGGUGCUCGUGCUGGUCCCCAGGCGCAGGGCGUCGUGCGCUGCAGCUCCCCGCGGCCGCUGGCGGAGAUGCCCGGCAGGAAGGCGCGCAAGAGCGCGCAGCCCGGCCCCACGCGGGCCCCCGAAGAGCUCGAAGUGGAGUGUGCCAUUCAGCUCAGGAAAUUUGGAGACAAACUGAAUUUCCGGCAGAAACUUCUGAAUCUGUUAUCCAAACUCUUCCGCUCAGGAACCUGAUUGCUUUGGAACUUUUGAAUGACGAGAUUCUUUGAAAACGAAAGAUUGCUGAAAUGGUGCAAAUUUCAUCGAUAGAUUCUUUUUUAAAAUGGAAGAUUUCCCGAUAGGUGCAGAUUUCAUCGGUUAGAAGAAAUGCCUUGUAAUGGAGAAGAUUGGGAGCGAGCUUUCACUUGCUUUUUGGAUGCCCUCGGAAGCCAAGAUGAUACAUUAAAAAUGGAUGUCUGAUGGAGAUUUUGCAGAAGUCCUUUUUUGGGGGGGGCUGUGAGAAUGUUAGAAAACCACUUUGUUUAUUUUAAAGCAAGAAUCAAGGAGCUUUGAAAAGUAAGGAAUUAAUUACGCAUUUUGUUUUUACUUCGAAGAUUAUUCUGGUAAUUUUGUUGAAGGUUGCUGUCUAGCCUACUGUAAGAGGAGUCGGCAAAUGAAUGGCCUGUGGUCAGGGGCAGAGAAACAAUAUGUUUAGUGUUGGUUUUUAUUUUUGGAUGACGACUUCAAAGUGAUGUGUAAUAUUGGGUUUAUAUACUCUCUUGUUUAAAGAUUUCAUUCUGAGAACAACAUAGUGAAUGUUGAUUCCAUAGGUCACUACAAAAUAUAAAAUUAUUUGAAAGCUUGUUUCUUUUGAUUCAGAAUGUAUUGCCUCUCUUGGGAUGACCCUUCACUGAAUUAUGUUUCUGGGUGUCAUAACUGGAAAGUCUGUACUUUGAUACUUGUAAAUCGAGGUGUUACUUGGUGCCAGUCAGAUUCUUGCAGGUACAAUGUUAAAGCAAUAAGAGCAUGGGGAUUUUGUAUAAUGAGAAAUAAAGGAGGAAAAAAAGUGAUUUAGACUUUCUACUGCUAUAAUUAACACUUAGUAAAACAAAUAUUCUAAAGUCGCUUGGUAAGAAGAACAAUGUAUUUCUAGAGACAUUUCCAAAAUCUGUAAAAUGCCCUUCUCAUACUAGUCAGUGUCCAUCUUCUAAGAAGUGAUCUUUUAAGAGAAAUUAAGCAAGUUUUACAAAGUUGGGAUAUACUUUUUUAAAUAAAGAGAAUGGCUUGAUUGCUUAUCCAGAAUAAAAAUGCAUAAAAAUUACAUAUAUGUGGAACUUGCAUUAGAAUAGUAUGUAGAUUCUGAGAAAGUUUUCAUUGAUCUCACUUUUAUUGUUAAAAGGCCAGGUUAUCAAAGAAGUCCCCAGAUAUAUAAAAAAGAAGUAAUAAUAUCAUGAUUGAGUUUCAGCAAGAAUAAUUUUAUUUAUUUUACCUAUUUAUGAUUAAAAUAUUUUUUUUUGCUUCAGUUUGAAAACGUGUAUUAGUUAAAGUUACGCUUUUUGGUUAUGAGACGAGGCUUUCAUAUCCACUUGAACUUUACAGUAAGAAUGUUUUGAUAGAGGCUGUAGUCACUUUAGAUGAAAAAUUACCUCAGGAUCGGUUUGUCUUCAGUAUUAUUUAGCUGCAAAGAUGCUUUUUGUCUGUUGAGGGGCAGAUAUCUUGCCGUAUGGAUAUUUAUGGUGUGUACCUGUAUUUAUACAUACAAAACUUGAUACUGUAGCUACGAACUAUUAAACAUUAUCACCAUU